CCUUGACCUUUCUAUAAAUAACGGGUACCCACACACAGUUACACACCAUAUGGUUUCAUUUCCCACGAAUUAAGGGACCAAACGAAUUUGCUUCCAUGGCUAAACUAUUCCAUAUCCUCCUCAUCUCCAUUCUCCUCUUUCUAGUAGCUUUUCCGGCCACCGGAGAAGAAGAACACAUAUUUGGAAAAUCCUUAAAGAGAAAAUCUAUGGGUCUUAAAAAGGAAAAACUCAGCCAUUUCAAAUUCUACUGGCAUGACGUCCUUAGUGGCUCCAAACCAACAUCUAUGAUGAUUAUCCCACCACCAAAAAACACAACCACAGGCUUUGGUCAAAUGAAUAUGAUAGAUAAUGCUUUAACCCUAGGACCAGAGUUGAGUUCCAAAAUUGUUGGAAGGGCACAAGGGUUUUAUGCUUCUGCUUCACAAAAUGAUGUUGGUUUAAUGAUGGUCAUGAAUUUUGCCUUUGUUGAAGGGAAAUAUAAUGGAAGUACCUUUACCGUACUUGGCCGGAAUUCGGUGUUCGAGAAGGUGAGAGAGAUGGCAGUGAUCGGCGGCAGUGGGCUUUUCCGAUUUGCUAGAGGAUAUGUUCAGGCCAGUACUCAUUCAUGGGAUAUGAAAACUGGUGAUGCUACUGUUCAAUAUGAUGCCUAUGUAUUGCAUUAUUGAGGUCUAGUAACUAUAAUUAAUGUCUAAGUUACUUUUCAUUUUUUUUUUUAAUUUACUCUUUGGCAGCUAGUUUUAAGCAAUAAUUGUCGUACGAUCACACCUUUUUCCCUCAUCUUGUCAAUUGUCGUAUUGGAGCUGGAUUAUUAGACCUGUUGAUAUUUGUUUCAUAAGUCAAGAACAGUUUAUGUCAAUUAUCAAGCUUUUGUUACUUGAUUUAUUACUUGAAUGAAGAAAGAAGAAUCAAGUCGAGGGAAUAUUAUUAAUUA